CUCAGAAACUACGCACCCUAUCAAAUAUGGUCAGGGCUACGCUUGGGAUGCCAAAAAGCGGACAGACAGAGAGAGGAAAAGUCUGGUGCCAUGUCUGCCAAUACUCCAUGGGGUAGCUCGGAGGAAACCAACAUCGCCGACUGACUUAGUGCGGAGUGGUAACCGGGAAUCGUCGCCGCCUAAGUUGUAAGUUCAGCGAGAGGAUGGGGAGCCAGGCAAAGUUGUUGAGGAGCUUCACCAGGGUAGAACCUCAGACUCUGAGUUUUGUCAUCUUCGCGGGAUGCUUUCUCAUCUCCAUGGCCCUUCUUGCGGGGUCUGCCGGCUCUCUUGUCUCCCUUCCAAGUCUGAGUUCGUGGCUGUCAGCUCACACGACUCCUCCUGUCUCUGGGUCCCAAGAAAAUCCCGGUCCUCAACACCCACACCCAGAAGAUGGAACCGACAGAAAUGAGGAGCCACAGAGAAAGCCCUUGUGCGAUACGUCGGACCGAAGAGCAGAUAUUUGUGACAUGGAAGGUGAUGUCAGGGUCCGUGCUACCUCCUCAUCCGUCUUCUUUGUUACUUCCUCGGAUCGGAACGCUUCGGAACUCCAGCAAUCAUGGCGGAUAAAGCCUCAUCCUCGGAAGGGAGACCAUGCUGCAUUAUCUCGUCUCACCGAAUUGUCUGUAGGUUAUUCGACUACUCACCAUGAAGAUGUUCCCAAAUGCGACGUCAAGAGCUCGGUUCCGGCCAUCAUCUUUGCGACCGGAGGUUACAUGGGCAACUUCUUCCACGAAACCACCGAUCUGGUCGUCCCCCUAUAUAUAACAUCGCAAAAAUUCGAUGGGGAAGUUCAGUUUCUGAUAAGUGACAUGCUCCCGUGGUGGAUCGCCAAAUACGAACUACUACUGAAGAAGCUUUCUCGUUAUGAGAUCAUCGAUUUCAACAGGGAUCCUCUGGUUCGUUGUUAUCCUCGAGUCAUAGUGGGCAUCACGUUCCACAAGGACAUGAGCAUCGAUCCUGCAAGAUCUGGUGGUGUCACCAUGUUUGACUUUGGGCGAUUUAUAAGGAACGCCUACUCGCUGGAGCGGGAGACAGCGAUCGUGCUGGGGGAAAAGCAAGAGGAGAAGACGAAGAAGAAGCCAAGACUCAUAAUUAUCGCGAGGAAGAGCACAAGAAAAUUCAGCAACGUCGAUGAGAUCGCUCGAAUGGCAGAAUGGCAGGGCUUCGAACCUGUGAUAGCGGAGAUCAAGAAGAACCAAAGUUUGGGGGAAUUUGCGCGCGUAGUGAACUCAUGUGAUGCUAUGAUGGGAGUGCACGGCGCGGGGCUCACCAAUCUUAUAUUCCUUCCCACCAAUGCUGUAGUAAUCCAAGUCGUUCCUCUGGGUGGAUUGGAGACGUACUGUUGGUCCGACUACGGAGUGCCGGCGUUGGAGAUGAAGAUGAGGUACUUGCAAUACAGCAUUAGUGUCACGGAGAGCUCGCUGGUGGACAGGUACGGCAUUACCGAUCCGGCGAUCACAAAUCCGCAAGCCAUUCUGGCUCAGAAGGAUGGUUGGCGGAAUUGGACCUCUAUAUACUUCUUCAAUCAAGAUGUAAGGCUUGACGUGAGCAGAUUCAGUAGCAUUCUCGUACAUGCUCGCCAGCUUCUUCAUCGGUAGGAAGACUGUUUACUCGACAAGCUCUGAAAGAUUCCACUUCGUUGUGAUUUGUAGAGAUCGAUCGAUCGAGAAGGGAGGAGAAAUGAUGCAUGCAACACUUGGCCGUCGUCACACCUUGUGAUCCGUGUGCAUGUGGACUUGCCUUGGGGCGGUGCAUUUUGACUGAGGCCAUCGUCUGUCCCGUCAUUAGAAACCUCAUUUACCACAUACGACCAGAAAACUCCAAGCCGCGGGUGCAGAGACGACAGACCUUUUUGGAAUCAAUGUGACGUCUCCGGUAGUCGUAAAACGUACGUGACGCCACCAAUUGUCUCGAACAUACAUUGCGAGACCUUGCGACUGACCCUACCAACACCCUACGAUCCUUGUUUCUGGCCCAUGACACAAAGCUAUCAGUCCUGCUAUAGAAAACCGACAAGAUUGUUAUCUAGCGAUUUGGGUAGGAGAAGUCGAUUCAUAUUGUAAUGAAACUUAUAUAGAUGAAGGUGAAGCUGAAGGAAGGCAAACUUUAAUGCUACAUGUAUGUAUCAGACGUCUCGAGGCUUAUCGAUCAGCACAUGUGCUACUACCGUGUGGUUUAUAACACAUGAGUUCCAUGUUGAUUUCUGGAUC